CUGUCCCAGGUGUCUUCCCCCGCAUUUUCGAAGUUUGAAGCCAAAAGGAAGAAAGUAGCCGACAAGAGUUCGAGCACAGUUAAGAGCAUUUUAAAAAUUGCAAGAGGUUGGUCUUACAUCGCUUUAUUACAGUGUUUAGAUUCACAAAAUAGUACCUCUCAUCUACCCGAUGAGGCUGCUCAAGCCCAAAAGGAGUUUAAUCGAGUCCUCCAGAAAUGGAAACACUCCACAGCUUCUGAUAUAUGGCGACAGGAUGCUUCAACUGAACAAAAGGAGGAAUUGAUUAAUGCAAUUGAACGUUUUCUCACAGUUUGGAUACAUCCAUGGGCAUUUGCUCCUCGUACAACUGAUGAUGAGGAGAUUGAUCUAAAGCUUCAGGACAAAAUCAGAUCUUUGCAUUGGGUUAAUCAUGUCUCUUUAGAGGCGCCGAUUGAUCCCUCUUCGCCCGGCCAGUCUCUGCAUCUUGAGUCCGCUAUACUAGGUUAG